AUCCUAGCAUCGGCAGGACAGCAGCGCUCUCGCAUGUUAGCCACACUCUUCAAGGAUGAGAGAUGCCAGCAGCUUGCAGCCUAUGGGAUCCUGGAGAAGAUGUAUCUGGACAGGAUUAUCCGAGGCAACCAGCUGCAGGAGUUUGCUGCUAUGCUUAUGCCACACCAGAAAGCUACCACAGCUGAUGGUUCCAGUAUCCUAGACAGAGCUGUCAUUGAGCACAACCUGUUAUCUGCAAGCAAACUGUACAAUAAUAUUACCUUUGAAGAACUUGGAGCAUUAUUAGAGAUCCCUGCAGCCAAGGCAGAAAAGAUAGCUUCCCAGAUGAUAACUGAAGGUCGCAUGAAUGGAUUUAUUGAUCAAAUAGAUGGAAUCGUUCAUUUUGAAAGUCGUGAAGCUUUGCCAACAUGGGACAAACAGAUUCAAUCACUAUGUUUCCAAGUAAACAACCUUCUGGAAAAGAUAAGUCAGACGGCCCCUGAAUGGACCGCACAGGCUAUGGAAGCUCAGAUGGCUCAGUAAACAUGCUCGGGAUGUUCUGACUGCACUGCCCUUCCUGUGCAGUGGGAAUUUACACGGAUUACAAAACAACCACAUAAUCCAUCCCUUGCUUCUAUACUUCUUCUGCUAGAACCUUGACUUUGAGCUGUGAUUAGGAAUAUACAGUGUUUUCCUAUGUGGCAGCUGUGGCUUAGACUGAAAGAAGUAACCCCUGCAACAGAAACAGGUUUUGGUUUUGUAAUAGUACUUUAACGGAGUUGUGGUCUUGUAACUUUCUGUGGAUUGUUGUGUUGUGAAACCUUAAGCACCAUGCUUUUCUAGUUACGUGUACUCCAAUAAAAGGGGGAAUAAGGCAGUUAGACUCAGCAGCUCUAGAGUUGUCUUGUUCUAUAAAUACUCACUUACAAUACUUCAUUCCUUUCUGGUUUUUGCAUUUCAGUAUACAAGUGUUGCAAUAUAAUGCUAGUUUUCUGUGUUAGCUUUGCAAAAAGAAAUACUUUGUCUUACAGUUCUGAGGACAGGAAAAUAACUAUUGGUCCCUUGUUUAGGAUGGCAACUAAUUGCUGAACAGAUGAGAGAUGUAGAGUAGGCUAGUGAAUCUUGUAAGCAUGCUAAUGGAAAAAAGGGAAUACUUUUUUCCAAGCACAUUAGGAUAGUGAAACUGGUUAUUACUGCAGAAGUGGUUAUAAAAAGAACACAUGUACAAGUGAGGUGAAAAACCUUUUAUUUUUUCCCUGGUAAUUCAUAGCAAAUAAGCCAAAAGUGCUGCCUUGCUUGCUUGCAUCUCCUGUAGAUCUUUGUAUUCUUGCAUAUAAAACACUGAAUAUGCAGAAACAAGCGGAAGAAAACCUGGAGUGAUAAGGGGGGGGACAAAAAGAUAGUUACACGCAAGGCUAAGAUGAUUAACAAUAUACACUACCACGAAUUGUACUUAAAAGUUUUAAAAGUCUUGCAUUGCUCGAAUGUUUAACAAAUCUCAUCACAAGGUAGAGCAAUACUGAUUUGAAAAAUUUGUCUUAGUUACAAAGGUGUGAAGACAGGAUCUGAUGCAUUCAGUCUUAAUGGAAAAAUGAAGCAAACUGGAGUGAAGCCUUUUUUUGUUGGUUUACACUAAAAUCUUCUGGUCAAGGUUACAUUAGAGUCUGAUUUACACCACCCAGAUUGGCCCUAACCACUGGGUCUUGUAUUCAUGGUAUUUGGCUCAGGAACUCCAAACAGUUUUCCCACACAAGUUGGAGGGAACUUUCCUGUGCAUUUUAGCUUGUGUAGACUACUGAUUAGCCCCUGUCCAAGGAAGUAAAACAUGGGGUUGAGUCACAAAGAAGAGAAUCUGGGUCUCCUGCUUCUCAGGCUGCUCUUGUAACUACUCUUAGGUUGACUGCAACUGUAUUUUGUACGAAGGGUGGUUCUGUUGAGGGUUUUAGGCAUACUAGAUGAAGCCCCUUAAGGGCUUUAGCCACAUGAAUGCCUAAAUUUUGGAUCCAGUGCCUAGCUCAUUCAAAAGCUUGCUUGGAACUACCUUGCUCAGUCAAGACCAGUUUAAUUCUGAAUAUGUAGAAACUAUGAGUCUUGUUUGACUUUCAAGUUCUCAAGAAGGUGCCUGCACAAGUAAGGCAGCAGCUGAGUAAUAGUUUUCAGGCACCUAGAUUUUGACUUAAAUAGAAUUUAGGUACUUAAGUCCUACAUUGGUUCAGACCCUCUUUUUAAAAUAAAUAAAUACAGGAGUAUAAAUAAAACAGCACAUGCUUCAGAGGGUACAGUAAAACAGUGGGGUGAGAGUGGCUGCUUCCCAUGCUACACUGCUACAGCAGAUCUAGGUGUUUGCUGCUUAGAAUACAGGACAGCUGUGGUAGUUGUUGCUUUCCAUAAUACACCUUCAGGAACUGAGUCACGUUGGGCCUUUGUAAAACACAGCCAUAGAUUUCUCCCCAAUUUAUGUUAAUUUUUGAUCUGGUUCAUUCCUUUGUGGAAUAAGCCAGGUCAAAUGUUCAUGCCUUUUCCACUGUAGGUAUUACAUAGCCUGGAAUACCUUUGGUUAGCCAACAAGGCUCUUUGCCAGUGGUAAUUAUCCUAGCUGUUGUUUGGUCUUGCGUUUCCUGACUCUGCCAAUUGUAGUGAUGACCAUGCUUUAUUUUAGAUUGGCUUGAGUCACUAGAGUAAGUCUCAUCUCAUAUUAGAGCGGGCCCUGUAGCACAGACCUCACAUUAAAAUAAGCUGAUGGUACAUCUUCUAUGACUAUCAGUAUCCAUUCAAAGGUUGGACAGAUGAGGAUAUCUAUGCUGCUAUCAUCUGCAUAUUACUGAUUCUACAUCAGACUCUUCCAUUAGACCCCAUUUGUCCUAAAACUGAUUUUAACUGAAACACUGCUUCUGAGGAACUUUUUAAAAAAACUUUAACAAACCUUAUUAGAAGAUUCCCUGUUCUUUCCUUCUGGUAAUGUCUCUCUUUAACUGACAAACAGAACACAUAGGACAACAGAGGGAAGAGAAGAAAUCACAAAGGAUGGAUCCCUGUUAAAAAAAACAACAAUAAGCAUCAUCAGCACAGGCUCUAGGCUUCACAAGACCAGCUUCUGACCUGUAAUACAGACAUACAUAAAUAAAUGUUCAUAGUGAUUUUGUA